UGACUACAACGCGUGAGCCGCAUUUAAUAAUAGCAGAGAGAGCUGCAGUUUCGUGUUUCCUCUUCCUAUAAUAAUGAGUCAGCCUGAGCCUUCUUUCCCGGGGCAUUGCACGUCUAUCGUUGCACAUUCCUGUCGCCUACGUCAUCACUAGUAUGUCUGUAAUGUCAUGCGUGGCAUGUGAUAUCGCUGUACACAGAGGGCAGUGCGCAUGUGUGGUCGUCGAGUUUAUCACUGCCCCGACGAGGCUUUUUUGCCGCGCUGCCAUCUGGCUAGGCUAGGCCAGAGAGUAUGCAUAAACGACAGACAGAAAACAGUUGUGUUAGUUUCGGCAAAAGUGCCUGUUGAUUUUGUGAAGUACGCGGACAUUUUUGGUGUGUUCUGCCAAAGAAAAACAUUCAACCAUUCGACUCGACAACAAAGUCUGUGUGAAACUGUGUGAGACACGACUUCAAUGUAAGACAAAAGUUUGAUUCGUAUGGAUUGUACAAUUCGUUAGACAUGUCAUCAUCGUACUCGCAAUCGGUGCAACUCAGAAUGCAUCGUCAACACUGCUAUCUGUGUGACCUGCCUCGCACGCCAUGGGCGCUGCUACAUGAUUUCUCUGAGCCGGUGUGCCGUGGUUGUGUCAACUACGAAGGAGUUGAAAGAAUAGAACUUGUCAUAGAGUCUGCCAGGCAGAUGAAACGUGUACAUGGAUUUCAAGAUACGAAACCUUUCCAGUUGCAAAAGCCCGGUCAAAUGCCGCCGCAAUCGGCUAGCGUUCCACCUCGACCCAGUGCGUUGUUGGAAACUGUUAACGUGAAUCAUGUGGAGCCAUCCCCGAGGACCCUACCGGCGUCGCUAUCCAGCCACGCUGAGCGUUUCCUGGGUCAUGAUCCCGGCCGGCCUAGGAGCAUCCACGACUUCACCACCGUACAGAGACUCAGCAACGGCCCUAGUGGCUAUCACAUCAACGAGGAGUCUGGCGAGAGUAGACCGGGGAGAUCGCUGCCCCACCAUGGUCCUCACCCCUCCCCGAGUUUGCUUCACCAUCUGAACACGUCAACAUCACCGGGGACAAUUUCUGUUUUACCGAGGCACAGUGUGGCACCGACUGCUGGUGGUCCAACGCCGUCCACGGUGUCUUCUACCGCCUCCAUGAGAAAUAAACGGAGCUCAAGCGACAGGGAUCGAGAGGAUAAAGAGGUGGGUUCAUCUGCAUUCCCUAUUGAAUCAGCCGAACGCCGGAUUACGCCAACGUCUGAGGACCCGUACGGACAGCGCCCGGGACUUGUUCGUCAAACACUGGCAACACUUUCCAACUGCACCCCGUUUGAGGUAAGAUUCAAGAAAGAUCACACCCGGAGAGGUCGUGUGUUUUCAUUUGAUGCUACCUACAAACCAGGUAUGGAUUAUGAAUUGAAAAUUUUCAUUGAAUAUCCGAGCGGAUCGAACAAAGUGUAUCACAGUGCCUCUGGUGUAGCCAAACAGAUGUACUCCGAUUGUUUGAAAGACAUGGGGAAGGGACUUUCGUCAGGGUUUAAAUAUCUGGAGUAUGAAAAGAAACACGGUUCUAAUGAUUGGCGGACACUCGGUGAUCUUUUGCCCGAAGCUGUACGAUUCUUCAAAGAAGUUGUCAGCGUAGAUAUGUUGCCACAGCCGUACAUUGACGCGAGCUGUCCCGUUUUGCCAACCAUCAUAGCCAAUCAGAUGAUGGCGGGCAUGCCGCACAAGUCCAAGAAACGCAAGGCAUCCCCCGAACCUGACCCCGAAGUUCCCGGAAAGUUGACGGACGAACAGGUGCAACAGCAGAGACAACAGUGGUUGCAGAACCAGAGUGAGGGAUUGAAACACACCAUCGCCUCGACUGGAUUUAAUUCUAGCUCCAGGCCUCCCAGCUCGGGUGGCUCUCCUCUGAGCAAUCCGACAUCGAGCACUCCACCGGAGACGGGUAGCUCCACACAGGGAGGCCCCUCACCCAUGGCCGCCCUCAUGUCAGUCACUGACAACCUCGGCACCCCCACUUCGCCAAACAAGCCAGACAACUCCAUGCCCAAUCUGGUUAGCAACCCCAGCAACAACGGGACAUCUUCGGACAAAACUCAGCGGAGUCCCCACUCCCCAACUCAAGCUCAGCGCCGAGCUCUGUACCGAAGCAGAGAGCUUGCCCAGUCCCAGGGACACCCCAUUGAAACCAGCAUCAGUUCAAACACAAGUCACCUCCCGGACUCUUCUGUACCCAUAAGUACACUCAAGUGUACCAUUUGCCACGAGCGUUUAGAGGACACACACUUUGUACAGUGCCCCUCUGUGGGCAAUCACAAGUUUUGUUUUCCUUGCUCAAGGGACAGCAUAAAGAAACAGGGGGCAGGUGCCGAGGUGUACUGCCCGAGCGGCCAAAAGUGCCCCCUUGUGGGCACCAACACCCCAUGGGCUUUCAUGCAAGGUGAGAUAGCGACGAUACUCGGGGACGAAGUGAAGGUGAAAAAAGAACGGGACACAUGAAUGACUCCAAACUCUGUAACUGUACAAACUCGUAGAUUAUAAAAGAAAUGUUGAACAAAGUAUUCUUAAAAGUUGAAACCAUUUCUGUGGAUAUUCAGCGCUUGAAAUCGCAGCUGGAAUGUGCGCAUGGCCGGCUGGUGUCGACACAACAAAGAAAAGAUGACAAAAUAGACAAUAUAUAUAUUUUGGUUAAUGUAUAAAUAGAUUUAAGAACAGAUGCGAAUUAAUGUAUAGUAUUCUAAAGAGUUGUAAAGAAAAGCAAAACGAAAUUUUAUCCUUCACAUCUCGAGUUCAAUUUAUCUAUCGAUGAAGAAUUUAUAAUGACCAACACACUACUGUCUGAUAAUUUUAAUGUUUGUGCACACACAGUAAUAUUGACAUUGUACCCCACGCAUGACCACUUCAUUCACAUUUACCAUAUGGUACCAUUAUAGAUUGCAACAACAACAAACAACAUAUUUUGCUUGCACGAUCUUGUCAGUUUUUAAAGUAAAUAAAUAUAAGGGGAAAACGAAAGUCGUGCUAAGAUAGGUUAAAAUCAAAGUUCAAUAUUAUAAAAUAAUAUCCACAAAUCAUUGAAACUUUACCCAAACCGUUUAAAUUGUAUCCAUGUUUGUUGAUACGGAUUUAAAUUCAAAGAAAUGGCUUCAACACAAAACAGUUAAAUAUUUGUAGAAAAAGUUGGAAUUGUUUUUUUGGUUUAGUAAAGGUGUAUGCCUUUAUGUAUAAAGGUGAUGGUUUUGUCAUUGAUUGACUCAUUGUUUUUGUUAAUGUACCCAGUGCCCAUAAACAGGCAGAACCCAGUGAAGGCGUUGGCUGUCGUCAGACAAUUAUGGUUUUAAUCAAAUUAGAACCCAUCAACUUGCUUCCGGGCCGUUUCCGGAUGAUUUGUCAAAAAAAACUACUUUUUUACCACAUGAAUUUGAAAAUUGGUCAUGAUAAAACAGGCGUUAUAGUUUUGGUAUAUUUUCUUCAAAUCAUACUCGCUCUGUAAUGAUAAUCACAGUCAAACACUUGUGUUGACUUCCCGUUUGCAAGUACCCCUUUCCACAAUUUAGAUCAGAACUUUGGUGAUUUUUUUUUUUCUUUUCUUUUUUAAUAUUAUUUAUGAAGUAAAGUUGGAUUUGUAGGUAUCCAGUAAUGUUCAAGUUUCCUUUGCAUCGGUAUGCUUGUUGGAAGUUAUUUUUAUUUUAUUUUGACGAACGAUGUCGAUUUUUUAAAACUUUUGUCCAGUCCUUUUGUCAGCCACUUCCUGGAGGCCACGUAGGGACAUAAUCACUUAGUCAUUUCUGUUGAAUUGGUACACAUUGUAAUUUGCUUGUUAUGAUAGUAACGUCCUGACAACAAACUAAAUAAGUAUUGUUUGAUUUGAAGUAAAACAUGUAGCCUACCAGGAAACCGAUGUCAAGUUUCCUGUUGAAAAAGAAAAAAACCGCUCGGUUGUCAUUUUA